AGAGAGAGAGAAAGAGAAACAGAGAGAGAGAGAGAAAGAGAGAAAGAGAGAGCGAGAGAGAGAGAGGAGGAGGGGGCGGAUACGGAUGAGCUAACGUACUAAAACCAAUGCAUCAAACCAAUGCACUGCUUGGAGUGUGAUGCGUCAGCAGUACAUUCACGUUUUCAUUGAAGGACAAAAAGAAGAGCAGGCAAGUAAGCCUGCGUCCCGGGUGCCUGCUACUGCACCACAGAACACAGCAAAAAACAUCAGUGCACAGCGGCGGGAAGGACUAACCCGGGGCCGGCGAGGUUAAAAAUAAAAAGGAAAGAAAGGAGGCAGCAAGGAAAGAUGUUGCCAUGGGGAGCCACUUUUCCCUUGCCUCAGCGCUCGUCCACCAGCUUGAGCUGGACAGCUGUGCCGCUGACAAAGCUGAGAGCUCCAACUCUGCACUGAGCUCAGGGUACUGCAGCACUAUACGGAUACUUCUCUGAUCAACACAACGUCACAGAGAGGGGGGAGAAACACUCUUUUUUUCCCUCUCAUUCCAGGGAGUGAGAGAGCACGCUCGAAAGCAGGAGAGAGCGAAGGAGAACGAGGCAGAGAGAGAGCGAUCUCUCUCCAGUGAACAAGCCUUCUUACGGAGCUGCCUGUGCACUGGUACCUCCCUUUACACCUUCCCUGGACUCUCAUCAUCAACUUCUUACAGAAAAUAAUAAGGAUAAUUGGAAGCGUGCAGAAAGAACCCUGCAGCCUUCGCUGUGUGCGAGCGCAUGUACGGAGAUGGAACCCGGAGCUACUUAAGGAAAGAAAUGCGCUAAUGACCGCAGUGUCACAGUCUUUUCAGCUGGACAAGGUGCUGACAAAUCGAGCGGACAAAACAUACUGAGAGAGAGGGAGACGGACAAAGUAAACAUGUGUGAGCGGUCCUCUAUGGAGACACAGGCAUUUAGUAGCAGCGUCAAGCGGAGGUAUCCAAGGACAAGCAUCUGUGGAUAGUGCGAGAGUGAGCGCGCUUCUAUAGGAGCCAAUCUGGAUUGGUACUCUUGCCUAAAGCUCUGAGGCCCUGCAGAGCCACUACACAUCUCCUCGGAUGCUUCUCUGUGGAUUUAUUAGGGGCCAUUUUGGCAUUCACCUCUUGUUUUCUGACAAAUGAAAAAAGAGAAGGCUUUGCUUAUCCUGGGAAUAUAAGAAUUUGAGGAAAAAAACUAUUUUGUGAUUGCAAAAUUUGGACGUAUAAAACCUUUGAGGUAGGUGUUGAGCCUUUCAAAACAUUUUUAUACAUAAAAUAUAGUCCCCUGUUUUAUUUAAUCCAUUAUUCCUUGGCUUUUCACUUCUCCCUCUUUACUUGAGUACUUGUCACUCAACGUUUAGCCUCCAGUUCAGUAAAUGGAAAAACAAUCUAGAGUGUUGUUUAACCCAGGGUAGGGCUUCAUUAGUCAGAGGUGAACCCCUCCCCCUUCCCCCCCGCUUUCUACCCCCUCUCCCCAACCACCAUCAUCACCCCACGCCCCCCCCAGACGAUGCUGAAUUAUGAAUGUGCCACAUCAUGAGUCUCCUGGGGCGGGUAGCUGUGCGUCGAGCCAGGAAAGCCGCCCUGCUCUGUGUCCUGUUCCUCAUGGUUCAAGCGUGUGUGGAGGUGGCGGCCGCGGCAGGGCCCCAGGGCUGCCCGACUGAUUGCUCCUGCAACAACCAGCUCAGCAAGGUGGUGUGCACCAGACGUGGGCUCACUCGUGUGCCACCAGGAAUACCCAGCAACACGCGGCACCUAAACCUGAUGGAGAACGCCAUCGAGGCUGUACAGGCCGACUCUUUCCGCAACCUCCAUCACUUGGAGGUACUGCAGCUGGGUCGCAACGCCAUUAGACAGAUUGAAGUGGGUGCCUUCAGUGGGCUGACCAAUCUCAAUACACUGGAACUAUUUGAUAACAGGUUGACAGUGGUGCCAAGUGGGGCAUUUGAGUAUCUGUCCAAGCUGCGAGAGCUGUGGCUGAGAAAUAACCCCAUUGAAAGCAUCCCAUCAUAUGCAUUUAACAGAGUGCCAUCCCUAAUGAGAUUGGAUCUAGGUGAACUGAGAAAACUAGAGUACAUCUCGGAUGGGGCCUUUGAGGGUCUAGUCAACCUCAAGUACCUCAACCUGGCAGUGUGCAAUGUUCGAGGAGAGAUGCCCAACCUGACGCCUCUGGUUGGGUUGGAAGAGCUGGAAAUCUCAGAGAACCUUUUUCCUGAGAUCAAACCAGGUUCAUUCAGAGGACUGUCUUCGCUCAAAAAGUUAUGGAUCAUGAACUCUCAAAUAGGGCUAAUUGAGCGAAAUGCAUUUGAUGACCUGGCCUCGUUGGUGGAACUGAAUUUGGCCCAUAACAAUCUAAGCUCACUGCCCCAUGACCUCUUUACCCCACUGAAGUACCUGGUGGAACUUCACCUCCACCAUAACCCCUGGAACUGCGGGUGUGACUCACUCUGGCUAGCACGUUGGCUACGUGAGUACAUACCCACCAACUCGACAUGCUGUGGGCGUUGUCACUCCCCUGCACACAUGAGAGGCCGCCAGUUGGUUGAGCUAGACCGGGGUGACACCGGGGCAAUGCAGUGCUCUGCCCCUUUUAUUGCUGAUGCCCCGAGAGACCUGAAUAUUUCUGCUGAACGCGUGGCAGAAUUGCGAUGUCGAACAGCGGCCAUGUCUGCCGUGCGAUGGCUCCUACCAAAUGGGACGGUUUUAACUCAUGCAUCAAGCCACCCACGGAUAACCGUGCUAAAUGAUGGGACUUUGAACUUUUCAAAUGUGCUAGCAGGUGACACGGGUAUGUAUACCUGCAUGGUGUCCAAUGCCGCCGGAAAUUCCAACGCUUCAGCCUAUUUAAACGUAAGUGCGGCUGAACUCAACACAUCCAACCUUAGUUACUUCACCACUGUCACAGUGGAGGUACUGAACCCCACAUCUGAAAUGCCCAAGCCCAAAACCACCACGACUACAGCAGGCGCCAGCACCACUACCACGGCCUCGCCAUCCGUCUUUCAGCCGGUUUUUAUCUCAACGCCUACAGUCCUGCUCCAGAGCACCGACACUCCCCCAAGUCGCCCAUCUGUUGUACCUGGCUCAAAAGUGACGACAGGAAAGCCGCCCAACCCAGCCAGUACCAGUCUGGAUGAGGUGAUGAAGACAACAAAGAUCAUUAUCGGUUGUUUUGUGGCAGUAACCUUGCUAGCUGCAAUCAUGCUAAUUGUAUUUUAUAAACUACGAAAGAGGCAUCAGCAGAGGAGCACGGUGGCUGCAGCCAGAACUGUGGAGAUUAUUCCGGUAGAAGAGGAAUUGCCACCACCAGCAUCUGCUGCCAGUAUAGCAGGGGAGGGGGCACUGACUCUACCAGAGAUAAGGGAUCAUAACAGUAUUUACAAACGGGACUACAACAAAUCUGACUACAGCUACAAACCAAAUCCAGAAUACAGUACCCAUAAGUCCAAGCAAGAUUUCAGCAUCCACAAACCCAAGUCAGACUACAACAACUACAAACCUAAAACAGACUAUAUGUACCAACCUACUCUGGAAUACAGCUCUCACAAACUGACGGACUAUUCACACAAGUCAUUGCCGGAUUACCACAUACACAAAAAACCUGAGCAGAGUCCCUACAAUGCUGGAUAUAGUACUCACAAACCUGACUACAAAUCUCAUACUUCUAAACCAGACUUCAGCCCAUUCAAACCAGAGUAUGGUGUUCCGAAAUCGAAAACUGACUACAGUAUGCCCAAGCCCAAAUCCGAUUACAGCCCCUUCAAGACAGACUGUAGCCUUUUCAAACCUGACUACAGUGCUUUCAAGGCAGAGUACAGCCCCCUCAAAGCGGAAUAUGUCAGUUGUGACUUCAGCCCCCACAAGUCCAAAAUGGAUUACAGUCCUCACAAGAUGGACUACAGCCCACAGAAGAUCGACUACAGCACCCUGAAGCCCAAAUACAACACUUACAAGCCACCAGGCCAUGGUGCCAAAUGGACAGAAAGCAACAGCAUUGGAAAUUCUCUGCCUCGAACCUUGCCCACUGCUAUCACAGCUACUCCUGAGGCCCUUGUCAUAAAAACUCACACCAAGGAGAAAGUACAAGAGACUCAAAUAUAAUCUGCCCCCCAACAAAUCAAAACCUCAGUCAAAUGACCCUCUCUUUCCCUUAUAAGCCCACCCUCACCCCAGCAUAAAACAUGCAAUAGAAUGCACAAAAGAGAAAAAAAAAGACAGACAGGAACUACUUUUUUUGUACAGAGUGCAAUUCCAAAAGACUGAUUCUUGUUGUACAUGCUUAUAAAUAAAUAUAUAUGGAAAAACUGAACUACCAUGGGCUGGUAAUAGAAAAGCAGAUUAUAUUAAAAAAUAAUAAAUUGAAACUAUUUUCUAACUUAUAACUCCUAUUUAAAAGAUGAGUUGUUUUAAGACGCUGUACUGAAUUUAAGAAAUGAGGGUAGUCUUGUUUAAAAAGGGCAUUCUGUGAUUUCUAAAUGCUACAGAGAAUGCAGUGAAAAAUACAAAAAAAAAAAAAAAAAAAAAAACAUUUAUACUGAGAAGUCUUUCUUUAAAAAACAGAAAAGAAAAAGGUCAAUGUUGAUCUUUGCAGGUUUAUCUUGUAAAAGCACCAUGAAUUUGUACUGUGCCAAAUGUUACAAAUGCAAUAAAAGGAUUUUUGGAAGAAAAAAAAAAAAAAAAGAAGAACCAUUUAGAUUUUUUUCCUCUCUUGAUGUACUGUUGCGAUCAGCCAAAUGCUUUAGACACUGCAGUAGGACUCACUGCAGUUCUGCUUUAACCCUCAGAGUGCUGGGUGCCGCUCAAGUCUAAAAGGCUGGGUAGAGGCUGCUUUUCUUUCUUUUUUUUUUUCUUUGUAUGCUUUCCAGCGCUGCAGUGGCUUAACUGAGUUUAUAUAAUUUAUUGGUCAAUUGCUAUUUUACGUCAAAAGAGAUAGCUGGUUAAAAAAAAAAAAAAAAAAAAAAAAUAUUUCACUGCAUUAAGUUAUUAACCAAGUUCUGCCAUUAGUGUCAGGUAAACAUGAUUGUGAAGUUGCUGCAUGUUGCAGUUUGGACAAUUGCCGUCUGCAGAAGGUUUCAAAACACAUUAAAAGAGACUGAGAGGUCUGCACAAAAAAGAUGGCCUGCCUUUGCUUUUAGCACUUUAGAGCGGUAUGGUCAAAAAGGGGUGGUUGGUAAAUUUGAAAAAUAUUGUGAGGGAAGCAUCCAUUACUUUUUAACCCAAUUUGUUUUUGUUUUUUUUACUAGAACUGGACAAUAUAUGUUGAUAAUGCAUGAAGUAUAUGACAAUUUAGAGGUGUCUGAUAAAACAAAAAUUCAGAAAUUCCUUUUAUUGUAUCACUAGCCAUUUCCUAUACACGUUUAUGAGCCAAUGCAUUAGACAUUGACAUCACACGGAUGGGCAGUGAGGCGUCAUAAAUCAAGCAGCUUUUGUAUUCUCAUAAGAGGUGCGUCAUGACAUAUUGCACAGGCUCAUAAGCUUUGACUGCGACGUGUGCAAUACUGCGUACCUCUAACUUGUAUGGCAAGGCUUGUUUGAAUGUCAGCAAGUGCUUUCUAUCUUGGCUAAUUGAAAUUCAAGAAUAAGAAAUAAUGAUAGAAAAAAAUUAGGCCACAAAUUGAUGGCAUAUUAGAGGGUAAUAAAAUGUAAUAUAUGUUUGCAUCACAGGGCAUAUUGGCUGAGUGCAUGCAGGCUGUCUGGAAGAUUAAAGCUGAUUACAUGAUAAUUGAUCCAGCUCACACAGACACACACCCUUCACAUAAAGUUGGGACAUCUGGCCACAGUGAGACUCCGUACCCACUGUACACCUAGACAAACAUGUAAGCAUGCACACACAAAACAAAAAAGUCUUUAGGCUCUGCAGCGCCCCAGUUAAUACCAGUCUCACACUGUUUGUAUCUGCGCUUUAAAAAAAGAAAGUCAAUGGGAACAGUAUUCUUGUAUUCAGUGUCUGCAUGAGUAAUUUUAACAAUCUGUCAAAGGGGUAUAGGAUACAUUCACACCACAGGCCUCGAUUUAGCAGUAGUUUGGGGGAAUUGUGAGUAAUUGUACAGAUAGGUAAAAUAACUGUAUAGCUAUUUCAACACAAAUCUAGUAUUCAUUCGAACUUGAACUGAUGCCAAAUAUUAAAAUAACAACUGCGUCCCCACUAAGGGCAUGAAGUGGAAUCAAUAUUUUUUCUUUCCAAACAAGUCUCCCAAACAGUCUUGUUUCCCAUCCUUAGACCAAACAGGUAACCUCACCCCAACUCAUGCUAUUAAUCAAGCCAUAUCAGACCACUCAAACUUGUUUCAUUUCUG